UGUAGCCAACGUCAAGUAUAAUCAUUGUUGCCAUUUCACCGACUGCCUCUAAAAAGUGCAAGUCAAUUGUCAUUUGAAUCAAAUUAAUUUUUGUAUCGUUCGUUCACCAUGUCACGCGGCAGUUCAGCAGGCUUCGAUCGUCAUAUUACGAUUUUUUCACCGGAAGGACGACUUUACCAAGUCGAAUAUGCCUUCAAGUCCAUUAAUCAGGAAGGGCUGACCUCGGUGGCCGUAAAAGGAGCCGACACUGCCGUCAUAGCUACGCAAAAGAAAGUUUCCGAGAAACUCAUCGACCCGGAAACCGUCACGCACCUUUUCCGUAUCACAAAAAACAUUGGCUGUGUGAUGACCGGCAGAAUUGCCGACAGCCGCUCACAGGUUCAGCGGGCACGCUACGAGGCGGCCAAUUGGCGUUAUAAGUUCGGUUACGAUAUCCCCGUCGACAUUCUCUGCCGCCGAAUUGCGGACAUCAACCAAGUCUACACGCAGAAUGCAGAAAUGAGACCACUGGGAUGCAGUAUGAUCCUGAUCGCAUACGAUGAUGAGAAGGGUCCGUGCGUCUACAAAACAGAUCCAGCUGGUUAUUAUUGCGGCUUCCGGGCAGUAUCCGUGGGAGUGAAGCAGACCGAAGCGAAUAGUUAUCUGGAGAAGAAGUUGAAGAAACCGGUGCAAUCCGGUGAAGAGGCAAUACAACUUGCGAUAAGCUGCCUAUCGACGGUGUUGGCUGUGGACUUCAAGGCGUCAGGCAUCGAAAUAGGUGUCGUCUCCAAGGACGAUCCGAAAUUCCGAGUACUCACCGAGGCCGAGAUUGAGGACCAUUUAAACAAAAUUCAUCAAAAGGAUUAGAUCCGCUUAUACUUUUUUUUAUUUAAUACUUAAAAUAAAUCAUACAAAAGUAUCCAAAA